AUGCUGAAGGGACCACUUUGGGCGACAGCCUGCGGAAGGAAGGAAUCCGCACUUUGCUCUGGUAAUAGUGCUGAUGUCUGUGCUUCCAUUGGGAGUCAGGAAGCUCAUGUCGCAGGCUUUGAUACUAUUAUGCUGAAGGAUGGAUUGAUGGAUGGUGGUCCAUCUUUCCGGGAGUCAGCAUUAUUCAAAAACUGGGCAUUUAGUUUCAUAGGCCCUUGCAGCGUUAUUUUUGAACUGGCAAAUGCAAGAGAGAAUAGAGAGGUGCAGCAGCUCAAACUAGCACAAAAUCUAUUCUUCACAGCUGAGCCAUGCAGGUUUUCCGACGCUGCAUGGUGCGCAAAACGUCUUGUCAAAUCCAUGCUAUCAAUAAGUAACUUUACGAAAGCGAUGCAACAUUACGAACAGGCCCGCGACUGGAGAAUCCAAGAGCAUAUUGAGACCAACCAUGGAGAGAGUUCAGAAGAAUCCCCUUUGAGUUUCGAGUGGUCACGUCAAAUAUGUCUGUUUGAGCUUGCAAGAGGCAAUGAUGCAGAGCAGAUGGAAGUCAUAUGGGAUUUGGGCAGUAACAUCGCUUCAAAGCCUUUGUCAGGUCACCCAAAGCAUGUACAACGGAACACGAUUCCAUAG